CCGUCGGUGUCGCCUGCGACCGACGACGAAGAAGACGUUACCGUUCGCGUAGAACUAGCGAAGGUGGUGGAUGGUGGUGAAGGUGGCUGUGUCCGUGCGAGUAUUAUGUGCGAAAAUAACUCCGGCCCGGGCCCGGGCACGGGGGGCCGGAAACGUGGCCAUCAGCAUCACCCGCGGCUCGGAGGGACACGGCAGUCGACAGUUCCGGCCGAGGAUGUGAUUGCUGCUCUGCGCGGGGCCUUCGACGGUGGCAACAACUCACUGUCGUCAUCGUCACUGUCAUCUUCCGCAUCGUCACUGAUAGUGGCACCCGUUUCGGCAACGGGCAACAACAACAACCCACACGAUGCGACGGAUCAUGCGACGAUCGCCAAAAAGCAUCCGGACGAAGCGGAACUGCUGGAUGACUAUGAAGCAGCAACAACAGCAGCAGCAGCAGCUGACAUUGUAAAUAGUAACAUUGAGAACAACAACAUCACCGCGAUCGGGCGACAAUGGAGCGAUCCGAGCAAGGAACACACCCCGGAACCGGAGCACGAUCUACUAAAUAAUAAUCGCAGCAGUAACCGUAGCAGUGUUAGUCCAAAAAAUGUGAUAGUACUCAACGAGGAGCCUGAGGUGGACGCUGGCAGCGAAAGCAUAGAACUGAAGCUGGACAAAAUCACGAGCGGGAAGGAGUUGGUGCAGCAGAUCAACAAAAAGCUUAAACGCAGUAAAAAAAGCCCCCAAUCGGAUGACACCCCGACCACCCCAUCGGGUGGUAAGAAGAAAUCCUCAUCGUCCUCCACCACGUCGACGGGAAAAAAAUCGUCUUCGAAGAGCAGCAGCAGCACAGCGGCCGGAACGGAUGGGGGGAAGCGGAAAAAAUCGAGGACAUCGGCAGCAGCAGCAGCGGCGUCGGCGGCAGCGGCAGCGGCAUUGGAGAAGCGGGCGUCUGGAGAUGGGGCACCGAGCGACCUGGACGAUGUCAUCGGGCUGAUGGGAGCGGAGUACGGGUCUGGCGGCGUCGGCGACAAGGAGGUGCUGGGCGACGAGAAUGAUCCGGAUGCGGCGGAAUGGGCGAAAUUGCGGUGUACGAGCGAGCGAACGGAGGUGAUCGCGGAGCGGGAACACAGGAGACAGAAGCGUUGCGCGGAUUAUCCAGGGCUUGCGUUUGGGCGGUCGAUCUUCAGCUCAGACACGAUGAUGAAGUUCAACAUUAUCCGGAACGAGCUGCACAACAUCAUGAAAACGCAGCUAAAGCGGGCCGAAUCUGAAGUUGCCGCUCUGAACCGUCGCAUUCAGCUGCUGGAGGAGGAUCUCGAACGUUCGGAAGAACGUUUGGCCUCCGCCACCGCUAAGCUGUCAGAGGCUUCGGCCGCUGCCGACGAGAGCGAACGGAUCCGGAAAGCCCUCGAAAACCGUACAAACAUGGAAGACGAUAGGGUAGCGAUACUGGAAGCACAGCUAUCCCAGGCCAAGCUAAUAGCGGAGGAAGCAGACAAAAAAUACGAAGAGGUGGCCAGAAAACUGGUGCUCAUGGAACAGGACCUCGAGCGCUCGGAGGAGAAGGUCGAGAUGAACGAAAGCAAGAUCGUCGAGCUUGAGGAGGAACUCCGCGUUGUCGGUAACAACCUGAAGUCGCUGGAAGUCUCGGAAGAAAAGGCUAACCAACGCGAGGAAGAGUACAAGAACCAGAUCAAGACUCUCACCACCCGUCUAAAGGAGGCUGAAGCUCGCGCUGAAUUCGCUGAACGUUCCGUUCAGAAGUUGCAGAAGGAAGUCGACAGACUCGAAGAUGAGUUGACUGUCGAACGUGCCAAGAACAAAAUGCUCCAGGAAGAAAUGGAAGCCACCCUGCACGAUAUCCAGAACAUGUAAGGCCGGUGCGAACACCAUUACAAAAUUUCGCGUAGUAAGUAGCAGCAGCGGCGCAGCAGUAAAGGCAGGCGGCUGGAGGAAUGUCGGCACGAUCGAAUGCUCUGCGAGAAUGAUUGUGCCUCUGUACUCUUGGGGUGUAGCUAGAGCAGGGCACCAGUAGCAAAAGCAACCGCAAGGGAGGAAGCACAUGUGAAGACGUAGUAGAGCGGAGCGAGACGAAGAGAUCAACACACGCUUAAUGUAAUUGGCAAACGAUCGCGAUACCGAAUGCCAACAUCCAUCACAGAAACACCCGCACCGAAACGUUUCACGAAAACAAAAAAAAAACUACACCAUCUCAAACGCCACACAUUUGAACACAACUCUGACGAUCCUGAAGAGCAGAAUUCCAUAAAUCGCAUGCACGCCGAAGAAACAGAAAAUUGGAAAACCAGACCUUAGAGUUAGUGGGAGCAGUGCAGUUAAUACUAGAAUAUUUUGGCCUUUAUAAUGCAAACAAUUUGCAAAUUUUAAAAGCUUCUUCUUUGAAGUGAGUGUUUUUGAACGCGACUUGUAAGAUCUUUGUUUUUAAGGAAACGAGCUAGCAUUCGUACGCACAAUUUUUUGUUGAGAGGAAUUUCUAGAUAAAAAAGAAUGCUUUGUCAAAAGCAGCACCCCUUUUAUCUGUAUUCCCGCAAGGGAUAGUAUCGCAACUUUAGUAAUCGGUUUGUAUUGCUCGAACACAAUCCAAAUCUAAUUGUCCGAGAAGAAGUCAUUUUAAAACUUACAUUGAACUUUUACUAUCACGAUCGCCUUCCGUUUUUCCUGCGAGCGUCAGUUUUCCAAUGAAGAUAUCUUUGUGUAUUUAUAAAUGAACUGGGUAAUACCGCAUUUUGUACCCGAGCGAAGGUGAAGACAAUAUUGUUAAGUAGUUUGUUCAUGAGCCCAUCGACUUGCAUUCCAUCCCUUUACUGUUCUGUUACUCUUUUCUCGGUUCAAUCUGAGGUUAUGAAGUAUAAUUUUAUAUGUUUGUGUUGCGUUUUAGUCCAUCCGCACAUUCCAUUGCCAUUCCAAGCGGUGUUAAAAAACAUUUUGAAAUAACAACUUUGCUCUUUAUGAACAAAAAAAAAAAACCCCAACAUGAUCCAUGCAUUUACACAAGGCGCGUAGUAAAGUAGAGUAAUAUGUUCAUGCAUUUGCUAAAAAGACAAGGUUCAGCGACCGAAAAAAAAGGUUUGAUGUUUUGUGAAACGCCGACCUAACAUUGCCAUUCUGGUGAGCGUCUGUUUCCCAUCACUUAAAUAAAUUCCAAUUCAUCUGUGA